AUGGCGUUUCCCAUCUUCCCAAUUGAGGGCCGCAUGUGCCAUGCUAGGCAGCCGUCCUGGAACGUCAACCACGACCCCGGGCAAGCAGCGGGGGCCCUGGUGUAUCUAAAUCUGCCCAAGACUAGGUGUCUUUGUGGAUUUCUCUUGGCCCUGGUGGUUUCAGUGAUCGCCAUCACCAGCAUUGCAGGGAUUCUGACCCUGCCCUUGCUAGCAUGGGUGCAAGCUCACCAAACCGUUCUGGAGGAGUUCUUCAACUGCACAGAGGCCGAGGUGGGUCAUGUCAACAAGACUGUGCAGGCAGAGCUCCCACAGCAGUGCCGCGAUCUUUCCUGGGAUGACUGCCAGGGUUGCGACGGAGAUGGCGACGCCAAUCCGGAUUUGACCAAAGAAUGCCGCUACUGUGGCUGCCAAGUUGUCUUUGCCCUCGAGACCAUCCAGCCGUCUGUAGAGAAGGGCUUGGAGAAGUGUUGCGGGACUUUCAAGAAAGAUGACGGUACCAAGUUCUUGCUUGAGCCCUGUCAUGACAUCGUGGAGAAUUUUACGGGCAGCUUUCGAGAGGGCGCCAAGCAGUGCAAAGCAAAGGGGAUUGAAAGCGACCUUGAGUUGGUCAAGCAUCCAAUGAUGCUCCUUGUCUCAGCAUCGGCAGCGACAACCAGGCUGUUGCAAAUCACUGAGCUGUCGAAAGUGUUGCGCACCUCAUGCUGGCAAGUUCUCUGGCUGAGUCCGGGCCUGUUGUUCUUCGGCUUGGUGGCUGGCUACCGUUGGUGCAAGACCACGCGGAAGCCAGAGACAUGGUUGGAACCGCUGUGGGCAGAUAACCGGUGCAAGCCUAUCUGGCUGCCAAUCAAAGCACAUCGCUUUGCGGCCUACCGUGCCAAGGUGCUUCAGCUUCUGCCGCAGCGCGUUCUGCAGCAGUACAUCGACUUCGAGAAGCAGGGGCAGUACUCCGCCUGCAUCAAGCUCCUGGAAUCUGCAACUCCCGGGAGCCUGAACGUGCUCAGCCCGGCCACGAUGGUCAGUGGCAAGCCGUUGCUGGUGGAGACGGUGCUGCAACUGAUAGUGGGCUACUCGGGGCUGUGCCUCAAGAAUCAGCAAGGGAGCGUGGCGGUGAAGCUCAUCACCCAGGUUCUGGACAACAUGAGCCUGUCACUCCGGGAUCUGCACCCGGGUCAUCGCACGGUCCUGGAGGCCUAUCUUUUCGACACUGCCUUGAGUGUGUGCUACUACAUGCCCAACGAUGUGACGUUGUCGGACCGGUCGCAGUCUUUCUUCCAGCAGGCAUCUGAAAGAUACCUGCGGCUGGGCCAUGUCAACAGGUACUGCAAGUGCUGCCUCAGGGCUGCAGCAGUCCUGCACUUGCAGGGCAGCAAGUCAGAGGCCGAGUACUAUACGCAGCAGGCUUUGAACAAGCUCAGUGACGCACCAGUCUCGUCAUUGCUGGCUAUCUGCUACCACAAUCUCGCGGUCCACACCGUGGUGCAGCAGCGGGUCGCGGAUGCCGUCGCACAUGUCAGGUCCUACGUUGCGCUCUUGCGCCAACUGCCAAAGCUUGGCAACUCCUGGAUGCAGCUCCUGGACAACACCCAGUGGCUCAUCCUGAAGGCGCAGGAGCUCUGGCCGCAGCAUCAGCAGCAGGCCCGCCGUGCACAUCGGCCAUUCCACACCUUAAGACACAAUAUCUGCAUUAUGUAG